CGCUGCGCAUACCUAGCGAGAGGAGAGAGAGUCCAAUCAGACGAGCGGUUCCGCGUUAUAAACAGUUGGAACAAGUUUAUAGUUUUUUUUUCGUUUCGAAUCGCCGACGUGAACGCACACAGAGCGCUAGUCGCUGACUGGAUUAACAAUAUUCCUCGAAAAUCGUUCGAAAAAACACGAACGAGCGAACGAAAAAGAAGAAAGGAACAGUAUUAAGGUGACUCCAAUAAGGAAUUGCGGAGCGGACAGGAUCGGAGAAAUUCCAAUUUGCCAGCGAGCGGAACGUGAACGGUGAACGGUGAACGUGAACGUAAAAACGAAUAAUGGUUGUGCUUCUUGUUACGUGAACGAACGUUAGUUAUGUUUUGUUUUCUGUAAUUUAUGAAUUAACUGCCGCUGCUCCUUUCCGCCACGGUAACCGCGCCGCCCGCCACCCGCCACCCGCCACCCGCCGCCGCGUCCUCACCUCCUACUCCUUUUUCUUCUUCUUUAUGUUAUUUUCUCCUUUAGUUUGUUUUUUUUUUUUGGAAUUUUUUUUAACGUGUGUGUGUGUCUAAAACAACAACAACAACAACAACAACAAGAACAAAAAAGUAAAACAUAAACAAGGACACUAACACGAGCAAGGAUGUGCGUGAAAUGCCAAUAAGAAUUACGGUAAAUAGUCACCGGAUAACGGGCAACAAGAGCAACAAGAGAAACACAACAGUGCAAUUAAAAAUUUGGAAGAAAAAGUAUUUAAUGGAAAUCUUACGAAAAUAAUGAAAAGUUUGAUGAAAAGUUGCUCAAAAUGAGCGACACAAGAGGCGGCACCACCACCACCAACAACAACAACAAUAACAACAACAGCUGCCCCCAAACAACAACAACAACAACUACAACAACGGGGGAUAUAAAAACUCCAGAAAAUAAUUAACAAGAAAGUGCAAUCAACACGAGAAGAUGCGUCUUAAAUUAAAUCAAAAUACAAAAAUCCAGCCAAAUAAAUUUUAAAUUUAAAUAAAAAAAAAAAAAAAUAAAAAAUUAAAUAAAAUAAAGAGCGUAUAAAGAAGAAGAGAAUUCAACUAAUUUCUUUCCUCCCCUCCAAUUGCCUGGCAAUAUCUAAUUGUUUAUAUAUAUCUACUAUAUAUAUAUGUAUAUGUAAAUUAUUUAUAUAUCUGUGUAUAUCUGUGUGUGUGUAUUUCCGUGUGCAUUCCAUCCAUUAAUUCUGUAACUCGAUCUUUGUAACAAAACAAAAAAAAAAACAAAACUAAUAAAACUUGUAAUUACAAACAAAAAAAAUAAAUCAAAAAAACAAACAAAAAAAACAAAUAAUAUACAAUUAAACGGUAAACAUUAUAACCUGAACGAACGGUACUCCAACAAAAUGGCGGACAUCAUGCGUCCGCCGUACAGUGAGAUCAAGCGGCCGGACGAAAUCGUCAGAAUGACAACCGCCGACAACCUCAAGUUCGCCGUCCUCAUCGGGCUCAUCGAAGUCGGCCAGGUGACUAACCGGGAGGUGGUCAACACCGUUCUGCAUUUGCUGGUCGGCGGUGAGUUCGAUAUGGAAUUGAAUUUUGUGAUACAGGAUGCGCAGAAUAUCAAACAUAUGCUGGAGCUUCUGGAUCAUUGUCCGCCCAACUUGCAGGCGGAGAUCUGGAGCGUGUUCAUUGCCAUCCUGCGCAAAAGCGUUCGCAACCUGCAGGCCUGCACCGACGUCGGCCUCAUCGAGCAUGUCCUCGUGCGCCUGCAGCGCUCGGAAACGGUUGUGGCAGAUCUCCUCAUCGAAAUGCUGGGUGUCCUGGCCAGCUACAGCAUAACGGUAAAGGAGCUCAAGCUCCUCUUCGGCACCAUGAAGGCCAGCAACGGCAAGUGGCCGCGUCACUCGGCCAAGCUCCUGAACGUCCUCCGGCAGAUGCCGCACCGCAACGGCCCGGACGUAUUCUUCAGCUUUCCAGGACGCAAAGGAUCGGCCAUGGUCCUGCCUCCCCUGGCAAAGUGGCCUUACGAGAACGGAUUCACCUUCACCACCUGGUUUCGGCUGGAUCCCAUCAACUCGGUUAACAUUGAGCGGGAAAAGCCCUACCUAUACUGCUUCAAGACGUCGAAGGGCGUGGGCUAUACUGCGCACUUUGUGGGCAACUGCCUCGUCCUCACCUCCAUGAAGGUAAAGGGCAAGGGCUUUCAGCAUUGUGUCAAAUACGAAUUCCAGCCACGAAAGUGGUACAUGAUUGCCAUAGUGUACAUAUACAAUCGUUGGACGAAAAGCGAAAUCAAGUGCCUCGUUAAUGGACAGCUGGCCUCUUCUACGGAGAUGGCCUGGUUUGUCUCUACAAACGAUCCCUUUGACAAGUGCUACAUUGGGGCCACGCCGGAGCUGGACGAGGAGCGGGUCUUCUGCGGGCAAAUGUCGGCCAUCUACCUGUUCAGCGAGGCUCUCACCACGCAACAGAUCUGCGCCAUGCACCGCCUGGGGCCGGGCUACAAGUCGCAGUUCCGAUUCGACAACGAGUGCUAUUUGAACCUGCCGGACAACCACAAGCGGGUGAGUCACUUUCAACUCUUGGGCUCCGCGGCCCUGACCUCCGCGUCGGGCGGCGGUAGUGGCACGGGCGGCGGCACUGCGAGUGGCGAGGCUGCUGCAGCUGCUGCGGCAGCAGCUGGUCAGCAGCAGCAGCAUCAGUUGCAGUUGCAGUUCCAGACGCUGGCCGCCGAGCAGGAGGCGCGCGCCAUCGACUGGUCGGACGAGAAGCUGGACUUGAGUGCGGCGUUUGUGAAAAUUCGAGCUGUGCUGACUGCCAGGAAUGCGGUGACUCUAGCCACACUGCCGGGCAUGAGUCAGGUGGCUAGUAGUACAGCCCCACCAGCGGCAGCAACGGCUGCAACAUCUGCUGCCACUUCAGCGGGGGCGGCAGCAACAUCUGCAACAGCAGCAGCAGCCACGGAUCCGGGCGACUCUACGGCAGAUGAUCCUUUGGGCCAUUUGCCAACUGGAAAUGCUUCUUUUGACCAACUGCGUCGCCUGAGCAGCGCCAGCAACCUGAGUUCUCUGAUUGCGAGCGAUACUGAGGAAGUCAACCAGCUGAAAGCUGUCCUGUACGACGGCAAGCUAUCGAAUGCCAUAGUCUUCAUGUACAAUCCGGUGGCCACCGACGGCCAGUUGUGUCUGCAAUCGUCGCCCAAGGGGAACGUUUCCUAUUUCGUUCACACGCCGCAUGCCCUCAUGCUGCAGGACGUUAAGGCCGUGGUCACGCACUCGAUACACUGCACCUUGAACUCGAUUGGCGGCAUCCAGGUGCUCUUCCCGCUCUUCUCGCAGCUGGACAUGGCCCACGAAGGACUCGGCGACAUCAAGAGGGAUCCAACAUUGUGCUCCAAGCUCUUGGGCUUCAUUUGCGAGUUGGUGGAAACCUCCCAGACCGUGCAACAGCACAUGAUCCAGAACCGCGGCUUCCUGGUGAUCUCCUUCAUGCUGCAGCGCUCCUCGCGCGAGCACCUGACCCUGGAGGUGCUGGGAUCGUUCCUGAACCUCACCAAGUAUCUCGUCACCUGCCUGUCGGCCAACAGCGAUCUGUUGCUUAAGCAGUUGAACACAGGCCUGCGUAAUCCUUUCAAAAAAUUCUACCAGUUGUUCUGUUUCUCGUUUCUCACGUGGCAGCUGCUGGACCACGUCCUCUUCAACCCAGCCCUCUGGAUCUACACCCCGGCCAAUGUCCAGGCCAGGCUCUACUCCUACCUGGCCACCGAGUUCCUCUCCGACACCCAGAUCUACAGCAACGUGCGGCGGGUGAGCACGGUCCUCCAGACGGUGCACACUCUCAAGUACUACUACUGGGUCGUGAAUCCCCGGGCCAAGAGCGGCAUCAUUCCCAAGGGAUUGGAUGGACCGCGGCCGGCUCAAAAGGACAUCCUCGCCAUCAGGGCCUACAUCCUGCUGUUCCUCAAGCAGCUCAUCAUGAUCGGCAACGGGGUCAAGGAGGACGAGCUGCAGAGCAUUCUCAACUAUCUGACCACCAUGCACGAGGACGAGAACCUGCACGACGUCCUGCAGAUGCUCAUCUCCCUGAUGUCGGAGCACCCCAGCUCCAUGGUACCUGCCUUCGAUGUGAAGCACGGCGUGCGCAGCAUCUUCAAGCUGCUGGCGGCCGAGAGCCAGCUCAUCCGUCUGCAGGCCCUCAAGCUGCUGGGCUUCUUCCUCUCGCGCAGUACCCACAAACGCAAAUACGACGUCAUGUCGCCACACAAUCUUUACACUCUACUGGCAGAGCGCCUGCUCCUUUACGAGGAGUCCCUGUCGCUGCCCACAUACAAUGUCCUUUACGAGAUCAUGACGGAGCACAUCUCGCAACAGAUCCUUUACACACGCCAUCCAGAGCCGGAGAGUCACUACCGCCUGGAGAAUCCAAUGAUCCUCAAGGUGGUGGCCACUUUGAUCCGUCAGUCGAAGCAGACCGAGUCCCUGAUCGACGUGAAGAAGCUCUUCCUGCAGGACAUGACGCUGCUGUGCAACAGCAACCGCGAGAACCGGCGCACCGUCCUCCAGAUGUCCGUGUGGCAGGAGUGGCUCAUCGCCAUGGCCUACAUCCACCCGAAGAGCAGCGAGGAGCAGAAGAUCAGCGACAUGGUCUACUCCCUGUUCCGCAUGCUGCUCCACCACGCCAUCAAGCACGAGUACGGCGGCUGGCGGGUGUGGGUCGACACCCUCGCCAUCGUCCACUCGAAGGUCUCCUACGAGGAGUUCAAGCUCCAGUUCGCCCAGAUGUACGAGCACUACGAGCGCCAGCGCACCGACAACAUCACGGAUCCGGCCCUGAGGCAGGCCCGGCCCAUCAGCACGAUCAGUGGCUGGGAGCGGGAGGAGCUCCACCAGCAGCAGAACGGCGCCGGAGGAGCUGCUCCUCCGCAGCCGGUGGCAGGAGGCCCUAACUCCGUCGCUGCUGCCGUCAAGGGGGCCGUGUCGAUUGCCUCGCUGGAGGAUGUGCCGCCGGUGGUCGAGGAGGAGGUGGAGGAGCUGGAGCUGGAGGAGGUGGACGUGGUGCCGGAGGCCCAGCCGCCGGCCGGCGAGGAGGCCGCCACCAAGUCCGUGAUAGCCAACAUCUCCGAUGUCUACAACGAGCACAUCAAGACGGACCAGCAGGAGGUCUGCAACGGCAACGUGGAGUCGCCCAAGAAGAGCACUGAGGAGGAAUCCUCCGAGGAUGCGGAGAAGGACAAGCCGAAGGUUGUCGAGCAGGAGAAGCCGGAGCAGUCGUCGCUGGGCGCCCUGAGGGAGACCCUGCAGCUGGGCGACGACAUGGACGUGGAGGAGCUAGAACUGGCCACCGCCAAGGACGCCCUCAACGCCGAGCAGCACGUGGCCAGUGUCUUGAAGUCCUCGGAGGCGGCUCUCAACGACUGCAAGCUGGCCGUCGACGACGUCCUGCAGGAGGCCUCCUCCGUCCUCAAGGACGAGGAGAUCGAACUGGCCGUCAACGAGGUCGUCCAGGGCGUCCUCAAUAACGAGAAGAAGUCCCAGGAGAAGGAGCCCCAGUCCCAGUCCCAGCAGGAGGACGUCAAUGUCAGUCUCCUGAAUAGCAAGAAUCUGCUCAACAACAACAACAAUAAUAACAACAACAACAGUCCGAGCCUCACCACACCGGAAACUGAGACGGAGACAGGAACAGGAGCAGCGACGGAAGCGGAACCGGAACAGGAACCGGAAGUGAACGCCAACGAGAUCGUGAGCACAGUGCCGAAGGAUCAAGAAGGCGAAACCAAAACGGAACCGAAAGCCGAAACAAAAGCGGAGGCGGAAGCGGAAACGGCGGCCCUGGCCAAGCCAAGUCCUGCCACGACAAAUCCAAACACAACAGCAACCUCCACUCCUGAAGCAUCCAAUCAAAAGACUGAAGAAGCAGCCAACAAGCUGAACAACAACGAGAAGCUGGUCGAGAUCGGUGCAGGUUCUUCACCGGAGACCGAGACAGAGAAGGAAAAGGACACGGACCUGGAAACGAAGCCGGAAACGCCAACGGAAGUGUUGGCCAAACCGGAAGAGAAGCCAGAGGCAGUGGCUGAGAAGGAGAGUGAACACACAGCCGAGGAUCUGGUGGAGCUGGCCGUCAGGGACAUCGUGGAGCAACUGAUCGACAAGGUGAUCGAUGCCACGGAAGCGGAAACGGCAGCGGAGACCCAAGAAGCCCGGCCGAAGGCGGAAACGGACGGACAAAGUCCGCCGCCCACGAAAACGGAAACCAACAAUAACGAGCUGCCCAAGGUGGAGGCCAAACCGGAGGAGGAGUCGCCCGAGCAGGUGGCCGAGGAAAUUGUCCAGGAGGUGGUGGAAGCUGCUCUGGAAGGAUUGGCCCAGGAAGCUGCCAAGCCGGAGGAAGCAGCUCCCAAGACCCCCGAGGCCUCUCCACCCAAAGAGGAGCCUGUCAAGGAUCUCCUCCUGGAGGAGAAGGUUAAACCGGAGGCAGCCCCAGAAGCCCCAGCUACCAAGGAGCAAGUGGAGGAAAUAGUCAACGAUGUCGUGAACACCCUGGUGGAAGAAACCGUCAAGGCUGUGGCCUCGGAGCAGACCACCCAGACCUCGCCGGCCCCCAAGGAGCAGUCGAUUCCCGGGCAGGGCAAGCCCAAGGAGACGGCCACCUCGCCGGCCCAUCCGCGCCCCAAGCCUACUGAGGUGGACUCCACCACCCAGACCACGCCCAAGAACGAGGCCGGCCAACCCAUCACCCAGGAGUCGGAGCAGCAGCAGCAGCAGCAGUUGCAGUUCCAGGAGGAGGACGCCGACGCCGAUGGCGACACGGAUGCCCAGACAGCGGGCACUGCGGAGGACGACGAGUACGCCACUCAGCAGGUUGUCCCCGGCGGAGAGGCCAACCCCAUGGAUGCCAGCCAUUAUGGUCCUGGUAAUCCAGCCAACAAUGAACCGAAGCAGCAGCAGCAGCGCUCCAAGUCCGGCUCCACGCGGCCCAUGUUCAGUCCCGGGCCGACGCGUCCGCCCUUCCGGAUACCGGAGUUUAAGUGGUCCUACAUCCAUCAGCGCCUCCUCAGCGACGUCCUGUUCUCCCUGGAGACGGACAUCCAGGUGUGGCGCAGCCACUCCACCAAGAGCGUCCUGGACUUUGUCAACUCGAGCGAGAACGCCAUCUUCGUGGUGAACACGGUGCACCUGAUCUCCCAGCUGGCGGACAACCUGAUCAUAGCCUGCGGCGGACUGCUCCCUCUCCUGGCGAGUGCCACUUCGCCCAAUUCCGAGCUGGAUGUCCUGGAGCCCACCCAGGGCAUGCCCCUGGAGGUGGCCGUCUCCUUCCUGCAGCGCCUCGUCAACAUGGCUGAUGUCCUGAUCUUCGCCACCUCCCUGAACUUUGGCGAGCUGGAGGCGGAGAAGAACAUGUCCAGUGGCGGCAUCCUGCGGCAGUGCCUGCGUCUCGUCUGCACCUGUGCCGUGAGGAACUGCCUCGAGUGCAAGGAGCGCACCCGCUACAACGUGGGCGCCCUCGCCAGGGAUGUGCCGGGCGCAGCCCAUCUGCAGGCCCUCAUCCGAGGAGCCCAGGCCUCGCCAAAGAACAUUGUUGAGUCAAUCACCGGUCAAUUAUCCCCCGUCAAGGAUCCAGAGAAGCUGCUCCAGGACAUGGACGUGAAUCGCCUGCGGGCCGUUAUCUACAGGGAUGUGGAGGAAACCAAGCAGGCUCAGUUCCUGUCCCUCGCCAUUGUCUACUUCAUUUCCGUGCUGAUGGUCUCCAAGUACCGGGACAUCCUGGAGCCGCCGGCAGAGCCCCAGAUCCAGCGUCAGUCCCCUGUGCUGCCCCGCACAGCAGGUGGCGAAGCCGCCAGUGCGCGCCCCUUGUUCCCCCAAUGGUCGCAUCACGUCUACCCACAAUUCCUGCCCGAGUCGCAUCAGAACCAUGUGGCUGUCAGCAACAUGCAACAGCACCAGCAGCAGCAACAGCAACACCAGCAGCAGCAGCAGCAACACUACUAUCAGCAACAGCAGCAGCAGCAGCAAUUGGCCCAUAAUCACAGCCACCAUCACAUGACGCCUGCCUACUACCAGCAGCAACAUGCAGCAGUCAAUCAGCAGCAGCAGCAACAGCAGCAACUCUCAGCUGGCAGCCAGCAGCACGGCAACAUUUCGCCCACUCCCCUGGCCUCGCACUCGACUAGCUCCUCGGCCAGCUCCUCGGCCACGUCCCAGCCAGCCUCGAGCUCCUCGCUCUCCAGCCUCACCUCCCAGAGCCAGCAACAGCAGCAGUCGCACCGUCAGAUGCACAAGCAGCAGCAGCAACAUCAGCAGCACUACCACUACGGGAUGAUCAAUGGCCAUCAGAACGGCAAGCACUAUCCGGAGAACGGCUCCUCGGGUGCCGGGGGUGGUGGUGGGGGUGGUGGCUACCACCCGCACGCCCAUCCGCACGCGCAUCCGCAUCCCCACUCGCAUCCCCAUCCGCAUGCCUAUCUGAGGAACGGCGAGACUACCACUCAGCAGCAGCAGCAGCAGCAACAGAAUGGCCAUGGAAUCGCAGCGGACUACGGGCUGCUGAAUGGACACGGCGGAGGCAACUCGGCGAACAACAACAACGCCAGCCUGAUGAACAACAUGCGGAAUCUGAGGAACACGGCGCCCGCCCCAGAAACAGGAGCAGCGGCAGUGGCACCUACCCAGGCAGGUGCGGCUGCAACGGCGGGGAAUGCAACAAAUGCUGCUGGUGUUGGAAUGAUGAACAUGAAUAUGAACAUGGGCAUGGGCAUGGGAAUGGGCAUGGGCAUGGGUAUGGGCAUGGGCGUGGCAGUAGGCGAGGGCGCCGGAGGCGUGGCCUACAAAACAAGCUCGAUAAAUAAUAACUAUCGCUACAAUGGACGCAACGCAGCCCCAGGAACAGGAGGCCGUCAAAUACAGGACAGUGACUACGAAAUAAUCGUCGUGGAUGAGAACAAUCCCUCGGUCCUGGCCGACAACGACUCGCAUUCCAGUGGACCGCCAUCGAUCAAGGCCAACCAGACAACAACAACAACUACUACAACAACAACAACCCAUAACAACAACAACAACACUAAGACAACAACUGCUGCAACAACUACAAUUCCAACAACUACUACAUCAACAACUAUUAAAAUUCAACAACAACCAUUGUCACCACCCAAGCCGUUGGUGCCACAAAAAUUGCCAAAGAGCGUCGACUCGGACGUCAACUCCCUGAACAUGAACUCCACGGAGAACGAGGUGCCCGAGGUGGAGUCCUCCAGCGAGAUCCUCAUCGACGACCACAAGCCGAGCCACUCCAACGACGAGAGCUGGACGGACGUGAACCUGAACGAGGACGCCGCCGUCCAGGCGGCCAGCGCCGGCAUGGUGGUGGGCCUCGUCGAUCCCGCCCAUCCCGGCCAGGACAAGCACGACGCCCACAACGCCCACAAUCCCCAGCAGCAGCAGCAGCAACAACAGCAGCAGCAGCAGCAGGCGGGCCUCAAUCCCCAGCUGGUCCACGGAUCGGAGCGGGGCGACAAGCCGGACUCGGAGAUAUCGGUGGUGCGGGUGCCGGACGGCUAUCCCGGAUCCGGGGUCAACUCCGGACACAACCAGGGCGUGAGCAACCAGCGCACCCGCCCCGAGGAGCUGCCCAUGAAGGCGCCCGCCCUGGUGGCCCAGCUGCCGCUGACCACGCCCUCGCGGGAGGCCAGUCUCACCCAGAAACUGGAGAUCGCCCUGGGACCGGUGUGCCCGCUGCUGCGCGAGAUCAUGGUGGACUUUGCCCCCUUCCUGUCCAAGACCCUGGUCGGCUCGCACGGCCAGGAGCUACUGAUGGAGGGCAAGGGCCUGACCACCUUCAAGAACUCGCACUCGGUGGUGGAGCUGGUGAUGCUGCUGUGCUCCCAGGAGUGGCAGAACAGCCUCCAGAAGCACGCCGGCCUGGCCUUCAUCGAGCUGAUCAACGAAGGCCGCCUGCUCUCGCACGCCAUGAAGGACCACAUCGUGCGCGUGGCCAACGAGGCGGAGUUCAUCCUGAACAGGAUGCGGGCGGACGACGUCCUGAAGCACGCCGACUUCGAGUCGCAGUGCGCCCAGACGCUGCUGGAGCGGCGCGAGGAGGAGCGAAUGUGCGACCACCUGAUCACCGCCGCCCGGCGCCGCGACAACGUCAUCGCUAGCAGGCUGCUGGAGAAGGUGCGGAACAUCAUGUGCAAUCGGCACGGCGCCUGGGGUGACUCCUCCACAGGAUGCACGACAUCCGGCGGCGGCGCCAUCAUCGGAGCCGUCCAGAAGAGCCCCUACUGGAAGCUGGACGCCUGGGAGGACGACGCCCGUCGGCGCAAGCGGAUGGUGCAGAAUCCCCGGGGCUCCUCCCACCCGCAGGCCACGCUGAAGGCGGCCCUGGAGAACGGAGGCCCCGAGGACGCCAUCCUGCAGACGAGGGACGAGUUCCACACCCAGAUCGCCGUCUCGCGAUCCCAUCCCUCCGGCCAGCACAACGGCGAGCUGCUGGACGACGCCGAGCUGCUCAUCGAGGACCGGGAACUGGACCUCGACCUCACCGGACCCGUCAACAUCAGCACCAAGGCCAGGCUCAUCGCCCCCGGCCUGGUCGCCCCCGGCACCGUGUCCAUCACCAGCACCGAGAUGUUCUUCGAGGUGGACGAGGAGCACCCGGAGUUCCAGAAGAUCGACACGGAGGUGCUGAAGUACUGCGACCACCUGCACGGCAAGUGGUACUUCUCGGAGGUGCGGGCGAUAUUCUCGCGCCGCUACCUCCUCCAGAACGUGGCCCUGGAGAUCUUCCUGGCCAGCCGGACCUCCAUCCUGUUCGCCUUCCCCGACCAGCACACCGUCAAGAAGGUGAUCAAGGCGCUGCCGAGGGUGGGCGUGGGCAUCAAGUACGGCAUCCCGCAGACCCGGAGGGCCUCCAUGAUGUCGCCGCGCCAGCUGAUGCGCAACUCGAACAUGACCCAGAAGUGGCAGCGUCGCGAGAUCAGCAACUUUGAGUAUCUCAUGUUCCUCAACACGAUCGCCGGCCGGACGUACAACGACCUCAACCAGUACCCGAUCUUCCCCUGGGUGCUGACCAACUACGAGUCCAAGGACCUCGACCUCAGCCUGCCCUCCAACUACCGGGACUUGUCGAAGCCCAUCGGAGCAUUGAAUCCCUCUAGGCGGGCCUACUUCGAGGAGCGGUACGAGAGCUGGGACAGCGACACGAUCCCGCCCUUCCACUACGGCACCCACUACUCCACGGCGGCCUUCACUCUGAACUGGCUGGUGCGCGUGGAACCGUUCACCACCAUGUUCCUGGCCCUCCAGGGCGGCAAGUUCGACUACCCCGACCGGCUCUUCAGCUCGGUGUCGCUGUCGUGGAAGAACUGCCAGCGGGACACGUCCGAUGUGAAGGAGCUCAUCCCGGAGUGGUACUUCCUGCCCGAGAUGUUCUACAACUCGUCCGGCUACCGGCUGGGCCAUCGCGAGGACGGCGCCCUGGUGGACGACAUCGAACUGCCGCCGUGGGCGAAGAGCCCCGAGGAGUUCGUCCGCAUCAACCGGAUGGCGCUGGAGUCGGAGUUCGUCUCCUGCCAGCUGCACCAGUGGAUCGACCUGAUCUUCGGCUACAAGCAGCGCGGGCCGGAGGCCAUCCGGGCCACCAAUGUGUUCUACUACCUCACCUACGAGGGCAGCGUCGACCUGGACGGCGUCCUCGAUCCGGUGAUGCGCGAAGCGGUGGAGAAUCAGAUCCGCAACUUUGGCCAAACACCCAGCCAGCUCCUGAUGGAGCCGCAUCCGCCGCGCAGCUCCGCCAUGCACCUCUCGCCGAUGAUGUUCAGCGCCAUGCCGGAGGACCUCUGCCAGAUGCUCAAGUUCUACCAGAACUCCCCGGUCAUCCACAUCUCGGCGAACACCUAUCCGCAGCUGUCGCUGCCCUCGGUGGUGACGGUGACGGCCGGCCACCAGUUUGCCGUGAACCGAUGGAACUGCAACUACACCGCCUCCGUCCAGAGCCCCAGCUACGCGGAGUCGCCCCAGUCCCCGGGCUCCAACCAGCCGCUAACCAUUGAUCCGGUCUUGGCUGUCCAUGGCACCAAUAACAACAGCAACGCCGUCAGCCGCCGCCACCUGGGUGAUAACUUCAGCCAGAUGCUGAAGAUUCGUUCCAACUGCUUCGUGACCACCGUGGACAGUCGCUUCCUGAUCGCCUGCGGCUUCUGGGACAACAGUUUCCGGGUCUUUGCCACCGAAACAGCCAAAAUCGUUCAGAUCGUGUUUGGGCAUUUUGGCGUGGUGACCUGCAUGGCCAGGUCGGAGUGCAACAUCACCUCCGACUGCUACAUAGCCUCCGGAUCGGCGGACUGCACGGUCCUGCUGUGGCACUGGAACGCCCGCACCCAGAGCAUCGUGGGCGAGGGGGAUGUGCCCACUCCGAGGGCCACCCUGACGGGUCACGAGCAGGCGGUGACCUCGGUGGUGAUCAGCGCGGAACUGGGUCUGGUGGUCUCCGGAUCGUCAAAUGGACCUGUGCUGAUUCACACCACGUUUGGUGACCUGCUGCGCUCGCUGGAUCCCCCGGCGGAGUUCCACUCCCCGGAGCUGAUCACCAUGUCCCGCGAGGGCUUCAUCGUCAUCAACUACGACAAGGGCAACGUGGCGGCCUACACCAUAAAUGGCAAAAAGCUGCGCCACGAAACGCACAACGACAAUCUGCAGUGCAUGCUGCUGUCACGCGAUGGCGAAUACCUGAUGACCGCCGGAGACCGCGGCAUUGUGGAGGUGUGGCGCACCUUCAACCUCGCACCACUCUAUGCCUUCCCCGCCUGCAACGCGGGAAUCCGCUCCCUGGCCCUCACCCACGAUCAAAAAUACCUGCUGGCUGGACUCUCGACUGGAUCGAUCAUAGUAUUCCACAUUGACUUCAACCGCUGGCACCACGAGUACCAGCAGCGCUACUAAUAGCGGACAGCCAGGACAUUCCCAAGCAGGCCAGGACGACCGGACACUGGUCUCUGACAUGAUGUACUUAAGCGGCGACUAAGGAGCGAGCGGAGGUUUUUUCUAUACAGACCUUUACAACUCUAGGCUAGUAAGCGGAACUACGUUUUUUUUUGUGUCUAGUAAUAAUUGUGCAUUAGUGUGUUGGUGUGACAGCCAGUUUAAACAAAAACAAAAACAAAGUAAACCUAAAAAGCUACAAAAAAAAACAAAAAAACGAUAAAGUCAUAAUUUUUUUUUACUAGUAUUACGAAAAAUGUAUGUUAAGUUAUGGCAAUGGAAAGUUAUAGACCGGAAGUGGAGAGUGGAGAAUGGAGAGUAGAGAGUAGAGAAGGCAAGAUGGCGGCUUAAGCAAGUAGUUGAAAAUAAGACAAAUGAAGUUAGUGUUUAUAAAACGCAAUAAGCAGUUAAUAAAUAUGAACUAAUUCCACAUGCAUUAUAAUACCAACGUAGCAAAGUUUUCAAAAGAACAAAAAACAAAAAGUAUUUAAAAAAAAAAGAGAAACCUAAACGGAAACGGAAGCUGCGAAACGCAAAAACGAGAAACAAAUGAAACUAAAGCGGCCAAAAGGACAUAGUGGGGAGAGUAGAACGGAAAGCAAAAGCCAAUUUUUAAUUAUAGCGUUAGUUCUUUGUGACAACAAAAAAAAAACAAAAUACAAAAAUAUGAGACACACAGACACACACACACAAGGUACAGGAGCAAGGACAAUGCCAAGGCAAUAAAGCGGAAACUAAGUGGGAAUGGAACGGAAGUGAGGCUAGGCGAUGGCAGACACACACAGACGCAUAUGCAUAUGUACUUGUAGGUAGACUAAGCCAACUCAACUUCAGCUAACUAGACCCACACUACACACUACACACUACACACUAACUCUAAACCCUAACUCUAAAAC